CAAAUCCAACAUUACAGGCAAAAUUAACGUUGCCAUAUAAUAAUAACAACCAUAGUUUCUAUCCGAAAGGGAAACAAGGAUUUCAACUCCUGAGAUUUUAAGUAACUCAAUUAGCAGUUCCAACAUUAAACCAUUAUUAUUACCCCUUUUAUCAGAGCUUUUUGACCUGGUUUAGGAAAAUUCCAAGAAGUCAGCCAAAUCUUCGACCUUUUCGGGUCUGCAAACCUUGCAAGAAAGCCCAACUCAGCUGGAGGCUGGAGAUGAACAUUUCCAUGGCGGAUUCCUGCCAAGAUUCAAUUUUGAUGACGCAGAGCGCGAACCACCACCUUCCCACCGCCUAAUUACUCCCUUUCCCUCUCUCUCUCUCUCUAGGAAUUUCGGUCUUCUUCGAAGGGGCAGUCGCACUGUAUUGGGGAAAAUCUCUCCAGUGGCGAGGAUGGGAGACGGGAGCCUCGGCUCCGGCGGCAGGGGCAACAGCGGCGGCGGCGGCGGCGGCGGCGGCGGCAGCCGGCCGGAGUGGCUGCAGCAGUACGAUCUGAUCGGCAAGAUCGGCGAGGGCACCUACGGCCUCGUUUUCCUCGCGCGAAUCAAGCCUCCAUCCACCAAUCGCGGCAAGUACAUCGCCAUCAAGAAGUUCAAGCAGUCCAAAGACGGCGACGGCGUCUCGCCCACCGCCAUCCGCGAAAUCAUGCUGCUUCGCGAAAUCUCGCAUGAGAAUGUUGUGAAGCUCGUGAACGUUCACAUUAAUCCCGUGGACAUGUCGUUGUAUCUGGCUUUUGAUUACGCAGAUCAUGAUCUUUAUGAAAUUAUCAGACAUCACAGAGACAAGGUUAACCAGGCCAUCAAUCCCUACACAGUUAAGUCAUUGCUUUGGCAGCUGCUUAAUGGACUGAAUUAUCUCCACAGUAAUUGGAUCAUACAUCGAGAUCUGAAGCCAUCAAAUAUUCUGGUCAUGGGUGAAGGAGAGGAGCAAGGCGUCGUGAAAAUUGCAGACUUUGGACUUGCCAGGGUCUACCAAGCUCCUUUGAAGCCACUAUCUGAUAAUGGGGUUGUGGUAACUAUCUGGUAUCGGGCACCAGAAUUGCUGCUUGGUGCAAAGCAUUAUACAAGCGCUGUUGAUAUGUGGGCCGUCGGAUGCAUUUUUGCUGAGCUUUUGACAUUGAAGCCAUUGUUUCAAGGUCAAGAAGUGAAAGCCAAUCCUAAUCCUUUCCAACUUGAUCAACUUGACAAGAUUUUCAAGGUCUUGGGUCAUCCGACGCAGGAGAAAUGGCCUAUGCUUGUGAAUCUGCCUCAUUGGCAAUCAGAUGUGCAACAUAUUCAGAGACACAAGUAUGAUGACAAUGCGCUUGGUAAUGUUGUACGUCUCUCUAGCAAAAACCCUACAUUUGACCUCCUGUCAAAGAUGCUAGAGUAUGAUCCUCAAAAGCGUAUAACAGCAGCUCAAGCCUUGGAACAUGAAUAUUUUCGUAUGGAACCUCUUCCUGGGCGCAAUGCACUUGUACCCAGCUCACCUGGAGAUAAAGUGAAUUAUCCUACUCGUCCUGUAGAUACAACUACAGAUAUUGAGGGGACAACUAGUCUUCAACCUUCACAAUCGGCAUCAUCUGGAAAUGCUGUUCCUGGAAAUAUGCCCGGUCCUCAUGUUGUGACAAAUAGACCCAUGCCUCGUCCUAUGCAUAUGGUCGGUAUGCAAAGGGUGCCACCUUCAGGAAUGGCCGGUUACAAUCUAAAUCCUAGUGGCAUGGGUGGUGGAAUGAAUCCUAGUGGCAUCCCCAUGCAGCGGGGAGUUGCGAACCAGGCCCAACAGUCUCGAAGGAAGGACCCAGGAAUGGGAAUGGGUGGAUACCCUCCGCAACAGAAACAAAGGCGCUUCUAAGGGAUCUAAUUUACUGCGAGAAAUUUCGAGACCUUUCAGAAAUUAUGUUUGCUCUAGUGAUACUGGCUGCAGCAUCAUGCUUGCUUUGGUGACACGAUGCAAAGAACUAGACUGCAUCUUAAGGAAGGAAAGGCAACUAUCGACUUCAUUAAUGGGCUCAUCCUCUGGGGGCGUAGAGGCUUCAUCGGCAUUGGUGCCGACUAUGGCAGGAUGGAAUAAUCAACGGCCGUUCUGCUAAAUGCAUUGGAAGUUGCUGCAGAUUCACAGUGAUAGAUAUCAAUGGAGAAUUGGAUUCCAGCAUCAUAGCACUCGCAAUCUUUAGGGAUCUGCCUCAAUUUUUUGCUGAGGUUAUAACUCGCUCUUUCAGAAAUGUCAUCGAUUAUUGAUGGGCAUGUCCAUCAAUCCGACACGUUUCCCUAAUGUACAUCAAUUCUGCCUUUCCCUCUCUA